CACCCCGCCCCCUCACCACCGGCGUCGCCGCCCCUGCCCGACCCACCCAGCGCUUCGUGAUGGCGUCCUCGACGAGCGGUACGGGAGUGGGAUCGCCGUGCGGCGCGUGCAAGUUCCUGCGGCGGCGGUGCACGCAGGAGUGCGUCUUCGCGCCCUACUUCGACUCGGAGCAGUCGCCGGCGCAGUUCGCCGCCAUCCACAAGGUGUUCGGGGCCAGCAACGUGUCCAAGCUGCUGGCGCAGCUGCCGGUUCACCUGCGCUGCGACGCGGUCGUCACCGUCGCCUACGAGGCGCAGGCGCGGAUCAGGGAUCCCGUCUACGGAUGCGUCGCCCACAUCUUCGCCCUCCAAAAACAGCAGGUGUCGAUGCUGCAAGCGCAGUUGAUGCAGGUGAAGGCGCAGUUGGCUUACCAGGCGUCGUCGUCGACGCUGCCGCCGGCUGCGAACGGGGGAUCAGAUGGGGAUCGCUUGCUGAUGCAGCAGGUCAUGGGCUGUAAGGAGGAGCCACACCAUCACUUCGGGGAGCUUCAUGCCAUGGCUCAGAGAUUGAUGAGGAGCUAAAACCUAACUGAAUCUGUGAUCACUCAUAGAUAAAUAAAUAAAAAAAAAACAACGACGACUUGAAGAAGUGUAUUCAUAUGAUCUGAGAUCACUGAAUCAACAAGAUGGUAUUUUUUAACUUGAGGAUUUGAGUCAAAAGUAGGGAGUAACUGUUCUAUUUGAGAAGUCAGUAAAUUACAGUGUGUGUCUGUCAGUUGUAGAUGAAUUAGGGUUUGUUCAAAUCUGGUGGUGAAGUGACAAAUGCGUUUGUUUUAUUGAAUUAUAU